CUACCAAUUCUUCUUGGUCAACAAAGGGUGGUAAACCCAAUAUAGGGCUGGCAUUUGGUCAUCAUUAUGCCUCUCAUGAACACAUCUUCAGGUACUGUGUCCAAAAGUCCUCCGGAGGCUUGGUAGAGAAGAUACCCCAUCAAAAUAAGCUCAGCUCAGAAUACAAGUGGCGUUGCACCAAACCCUACCCAAGCAGCCGUCGUGAUUAGAAAGUACUCCACACCUUGGAGAACUGAGGAGACAUGAGCAUAAUUUUAAAUGCAAAUUAAAUUGAGGGGGUAGCCGAGAGAACACAUAAAAGACAGGAAAACAAAACCUUUCAAUUGUCUUAAAUUAGCAGUCUAGCGUGUGCUAAAGAGCAGUUGCACUCAGAUCCCUUCUUAGGGCUUGCUUUUCAUCACAAUAUAAAGGGGGCAAAUCCAUCACUUCCCUCCGCUCAGCGCUCUUGAACUGAGAUUGAAGGGAAAAUUAGAAGCCGCUCAUUUGGGCUUCGAGCUCAGCAGCGUCGUACGGUUUCGUUUCAUGCUCCGCGGUGUCCUGCUGAAAGGGGCCAACAAGUGCUGUGGAGGAUACAAAGAGGCUGAGGCUGGCGUCACCUUCCGUUGCUAAGGGGAAUCAGAGCUCCCGGGACCAACUGAGGAUCAAUUCAGAACGGCUGAUGCCAUUCGUCAGAUGGACCUUUUGAAAACGGAGAGCAUAUGAAUCUAACGGCAUAUUUUCCAGUUAACACACAACAAGGAAAGACUGGUAUACAAGUGACUAUUUUGUCUUGAAACUCUGCUUUUGGAACCUCAAGGAUGGAUUAUCCCAAAAUGGAUUAUUUUCUGGAUGUCGAGUCGGCUCAUAGACUCCUGGAUGUCGAGUCUGCUCAUAGAUUCUUCUACAGUCAAGGAGCUCAAGCUCGCCGGGCGACCCUGCUCCUGCCUCCCACAUUAAUGGCGGCAUCUUCGGAGGAUGAUAUAGACCGGCGGCCCAUCAGAAGAGUCCGCUCCAAGAGCGACACGCCGUACCUCGCCGAAGCCAGGAUCUCCUUCAACCUAGGGGCAGCGGAGGAAGUGGAGAGGCUGGCGGCCAUGCGUUCUGACUCCCUCGUGCCAGGUACCCACACCCCACCCAUCCGGAGGAGGAGUAAGUUUGCCAACCUGGGGAGGAUUUUCAAGCCCUGGAAGUGGAGGAAGAAGAAAAGCGAAAAGUUCAAACACACAUCUGCAGCCCUGGAAAGGAAAAUAUCAAUGAGGCAAAGCAGAGAGGAGCUUAUAAAACGAGGGGUUCUGAAGGAAAUCUAUGAUAAAGACGGGGAGCUCUCCAUAUCCAAUGAAGAGGAUUCCCUGGAAAACGGACAGUCCCUGAGCUCCAGCCAGCUGUCUCUGCCUGCCCUGUCCGAAAUGGAGCCGGUCCCGAUGCCCAGGGAUCCCUGCUCAUACGAGGUGCUCCAACCUUCAGACAUCAUGGAUGGGACAGUGUCUGAAGAGAGUCCCUCUGCCAGUGAGUCUGGAGCCCUCCUGUCCCAAGAUCCUUCAGCCAAACCAGUGCUGCUACUGCCCCCCAAAAAACCUGCUGCUUUCUCUGGAGACCAUGAGGAGACCCCAGUGAAGCAGCUGUCCCUUCUCAAGCAGCCCCCCGCCCUGCCUCCCAAACCCAGUGCCAGGAUUGCCAACCACAUAACAGAUCCUGGCGCCCCUGUGAAAUUGCCUUGUCUGCCAGUGAAACUGUCCCCUCCGCUACCUCCAAAGAAAGUCAUGAUCUGUAUGCCUGUAGGGGGGCCAGACCUCUCCCUGGCGUCCUACGCGGCCCAGAAGAGCGGCCAGCAGAGCGGGGCCCAGCACCACCACACGGUCCUGCCGUCCCAGAUCCAGCACCAGCUGCAGUACGGCAGCCUCGGGCCGCACCUGCCCUCCACCACCGGCUCCCUCCCCAUGCACCCCUCCGGCUGCAGGAUGAUAGAGGAGCUGAACAAAACGCUGGCCAUGACCAUGCAGAGGCUGGAAAGCUCUGAGCAGCGGGUCCCCUGUUCCACUUCUUACCACAGCUCUGCUUUGCACUCCGCUGAUGGCGUCACAAAAGCAGGACCUCUGGGCCUUCCGGAAAUAAGACAAGUGCCAACCGUCGUGAUUGAAUGUGAUGACAAUAAAGAAAACGUGCCUCAUGAAUCUGACUACGAAGACUCUUCCUGCCUCUACACAAGAGAAGAGGAAGAGGAGGAGGAGGAGGAGGGUGACAGCUCUCUGUAUACCACCUCCCUGGCCAUGAAGGUGUGCAGGAAGGACUCCUUAGCCAUCAAACUCAGCAACAGGCCCUCCAAGCGGGAGCUGGAAGAGAAGAACAUCCUCCCCAGGCAGACAGAUGAAGAGAGACUGGAGUUGAGGCAGCAGAUCGGCAGCAAGCUCACGAGGCGGCUGAGCCAGAGGCCGACCGCGGAGGAAUUGGAGCAGAGGAACAUUCUAAAACCUCGGAAUGAACAGGAGGAACAAGAGGAGAAAAGAGAAAUCAAGAGGAGGUUAACUCGAAAGCUCAGCCAAAGACCCACAGUGGAAGAACUUCGAGAAAGAAAGAUCCUCAUCCGUUUCAGUGACUACGUGGAGGUGGCUGACGCUCAGGACUAUGACCGCAGGGCCGACAAACCGUGGACCCGCCUCACCGCUGCCGACAAAGCUGCCAUUCGAAAGGAGCUCAAUGAAUUUAAAAGCACCGAAAUGGAAGUUCAUGAAUUGAGUAGACAUUUAACAAGGUUUCACCGACCUUAACAGUCAAAUUCCUCCUGAGUGCUAUGCUGUCUUCGAAACAUAAAUUUAUAAGAACCAUAAGUGCUGGUAUUUAUUCACUUCCCCAUUAUGAUGUAAAUCUUCUGAACUGCCUUUUUUUAAAAAGAAGAAGAAGAAAAAGGAAACCCGAUCAGGAUUCUCUUUGCGAAAGCCCAGUGGCCACCACUCCGCGGUCAGAGCUGCUGGUACCGCCGCGGACUCCGAGGGCACCGGCAGGCCAGAGUGGAGACUUCCCGGCGCUCGGAGCGGUCCCGGUCCUCUCCCUCCAGGCCUGGCAGGUGCCGUGUUCAUUUAGGCUCCAGCGAACCUCUUCCCCUCAAGUGUCUGUCACCUGGGUCCAAAGAAAGCUGAGGCAGUGGGUUCGGCCUGGAAUGGACUGUGCACAUGGUCUGGUUGGCUUUCUAGACUUGGCCAAACACACUGGCUCCGGGUGUGGCAUCCGACUUGGGGGCCUCUUAGGAGGAGGCUGAGAGGGAGCACUGUUCUCAGUCACCCCUGUCCUUUCUCUCCCUUCAGCCAUCAUCCAUACCGUGAACAAAAGGGAAGAUGCUUUUCUGGGGGAGUCUGUGGUCGACUGUCUGUCUCGAGAGUGUGUGGGCUGCAGGUAUGGAAGGCUGGCACUGAGCACCUAUCCUGUCCCCUCAGACUGAGCGGAGCUGCCUCCCGGGAAGCUCUGGUGUGCACAGGGGAAGCUGUCAUCUGCUCAGUUCGAAUUAAUUGACCCAUCUGUGUUAAAAAAAGCCAAAUGUCACGGGUGGUCUUGUGCACCUGGCCACUGCUGUGGGACGCCCGUGGCAUUGGUGCAUCUGAGUGUAAGAAGCCUGGUGAGGACAGAGAGGCUGGGGAGAGAAACUGCUUGGCUGAUGUUCGUUUUCUCCACGCACCCCAGGGCCAGUGACUGUAUGGGUUGGAAGGUAACAGCUUCUGAGUGUAGGACCAAUGCAUGCAAGCCAGACACCAUUCCUGAAAGACUGGCUCGCCGGUCUCUGAUGGACUGGGACUCCAGAACCACCCGAUGGCCUUCUAGUCUCCUUUGCACUGAAGAGUUUCUGUGGAGGGCCUUCAGGGUUCGGCAUAUGCCAGAAUGGCGCAAACACCAGCCACACCUGCCCGUGCUGUACCUUCCUGCUCCUACCCAUCUGGAGAGCAUCCUUCCUCUCCCUCGUGGUGCUGGUAAAGCUGAUGGGAGGUGUAUCUCUAGCUGUCCCAUUCGCUUGGGACCACAGGAAGGCAGUGCCCUCCUGAUGGGGACACCCCGGGUAAGAUGUGCAGUGAGUGGAAGGACAGCCCCCAAACCCUAACCACUCUCUUCACGGGGCCCGUCGCGGCUGCUUCUGUUUUCCUGCCUGACAGACCCUGUAGGGCCCUCUGUCACCAAGCCCUGCCCGGACCUCCGUCGUGGUCUCACAGUUACCGUGAUUUUUCUCGGUAAUGGCUUGCUCUCCUCCACACAUGCCCGAGAUUUAGAAAGAUCCCAGACUGGCCUUCACAGAAAGGAGUUGACCAGUUCCCACCCCAAAACGUGUGGGAAGCAAGUUACUCUUGGGAUGCACACCCAUCAGCGAGGCCGUUGAAUUUUCGGCAGGCAUUAACAGCCCCUGUGGCUGCCGUUAACCCAGGAGCUGUGCAGUCUGGGGGGAACUCAGGGCAGUUCUUCAGGCAGUGCCCAGUAGCCGUCGCAAAGUUGUCCCCGUACCACCGGGAGUGAGCACGCCGCUCCCUGGCCCAAGGAGGGGCCGUCACUAGAUCCUUUUCUCUUUGAAUGUGGAAUCUGAUAGUUCAGGGAAAACGUGGUCGGGAUUUUAGCGUGGCUGUAAACACAGUCUUCCCGAAAGGCUUACUGACGUUUGAAUGUGCAAAUGAUAUGACGAAAGAUGUAGGGCUCUUUCGUUUAACUUCUCUACAGCGGGCACGUGUUCCAGGCGGAGGUGCCUGCCUUGCCCGGGUUGGAGUCUGAGCUUCCUGUAACUCACAGCUGUCUUCAUGCGGCUCACAGGGCUCUGACAUGAUGGCCAGGCCUUCCGCGGGCCCAGGAGCGAGUCCUAUGGAAACUCAUUCCAUCGCCUGGACUCCUCCCUCGAAGGCCAAUGGCUUCUUUGCUGGCUUUGGUUUUUGGGCCUCUGAUGCCCUGGGAACGUGACGCCCAAGUCUGUUUCCUGCAGCCAGCCAGCAGCCCAGGUUUCCUGCCCAAAGUGCCCUGUUCUUGCAGUCCGCUUGGAGCUGGGGAGAAAUUGAACACAAUUUCAGCCUCCAUCCCUGAAGAGCACCCUUUGGGAGAAGUCAGUCGCAGGAAUUAGGGGUGCACCUGCUGUGCUACAGAAAUCCCACCCGCCAUCAAGGUGGGCGAUUAUUUCAAGCGCAGCUCAGGGGGCUCUGCCACCUCCGUGGACCACAGGUUGGCCCUCUGCCGCCUCCUCCCUUUCAUGAAAUCCUGAGGUCUUUCUAGAAAUCUAUCCCAAUUUCUUUUUUUUUUGCCAUAUCGUUAGGAAAACUGGAAGAAGUGUUACUUUCUAAGAUGGCAAAUUGACAAUUACAAAAAAAAAAAAGAGAGAUGGGCUAGAUGGUUUAAAAUGCAUCCCCUUUUCUGAAAAAGCUGCGAUUCUCAAAGGUCUUGUGUGUGUCAGUUCCCAGUUGAGCCUUCUGUCCUCUGGGUCAGUGUGAGGAAGAAUGUGAAGUUUCUCAAGAGGUUUCCCUCUUGAAAGCAGAUAUUGCCCCAUGCUCCGCACCACCUCCUGUGGCAGAAGGGACUCCUGUUGGCCUCCUUGCUGUGUUUCAAAAUUGCUGAUCGAUUCCUCUCCAAAGGCCCUCAAAGCCCUGUAAAACUUUUAAAACGUUAGCCUUUAUGUCCAAUUAGAGAAACCAAACAACGUGAUGGUAGGUGUGAUAAAAAAAAAAAACAAAAAAAACAAAAAAAAAAAAAACCUCUGGGUUUAUUUUUCUCCCGCUAUGGAUGUGUAUUUAUAUUUGCCGAAUGAAUAUUGUGGUGUGUGCUUCGAUGAAUGGGAUUUCAGACUCUCCCUGUGCACAGCCAGUGGGUGGAGGUCACCUCCGAUGACUUUUUCUUCCCAUCUGUCUGUCAGUCCCCAAACCAGUUGCUUUUUCCAGUGGCUUCCCGGGUGUCUGUACAUAGUUUGUCUUCGUAUAGGAGCGCUCUCCUGUGUUCUAAUUUAACAGAUGAUGGCUGUGUGAGGAAGACGAUGUAAAUACAAUACAAAUUAAACUGGA